AUGGCUGGGAAACUGAACAAAUUCGAAACUCCCAGUUCGGCUAGCUCGGAUAGUGACACAGAACUUGCAUUGGAUAUAAGUGAACAAGUGUUCGUAGAUGAAGAUGACUACUCUCGCGCCCCGGCUUCGCCUACCACCGUUCCUAAUGUUAGGCCCUAUAGACCACCCUCAACAGGUUCAAACAUCCUCAAAUCGCCUCGGGCUCGCCGAGUGCGUACAGCCUCCAUGUCGCAGUCCAACAAGCGGACCACGGCGGAGAGUAUCCUGCAUGCUGACAGACGGACUAUAUACACGGCAGGGAGGCCCCCCUGGUACAACUGUACCGGCGGCCAGGAAGUCGAGCCGUUUCUUAUUGGUAUCGGCGGCGCGAGCGCGUCCGGGAAGACGACUGUGGCGACGAAAAUCAUAGAAUCUCUUAACAUCCCAUGGGUUACCAUCGUCAGUAUGGACUCGUUCUAUAAGGUGUUAAACGAAAAGCAACACCACUUGGCUAUGCGUAACGAAUACAACUUCGACCACCCGGACGCGUUCGACAUCGAGCUCCUCAUCUCAGUGCUGCACCGGCUCAAGGAGGGAAAGAAGGUGGAAGUGCCUAUAUACAACUAUGUGACACAUUCGCGUGAGAACAGGACGAAAACAAUGUAUGGCGCGAACGUUAUAAUAUUCGAGGGUAUUCUCGCCUUCUAUAACGCGGACGUUCUCAAGAUGUUGGACAUGAAAGUGUUUGUUGAUACAGACGCGGACAUACGUCUCGCCCGGCGACUGAGAAGGGAUAUAGUGCAGCGCGGACGCGAGUUGGAGGGAGUGUUGAAGCAGUACCUAACACAUGUGAAACCCGCGUAUCAAAGCUACAUAGCACCGAGUAUGGCGCACGCGGACAUCAUCGUACCUCGUGGGGGAGAAAACCAUGUCGCCAUUUCCCUAAUAGUGCAGCAUGUACAUAAGCAAUUGCAACUGCGCGGGUUCAAAGUGCGCGAGAAGCUCGCGAUCGCGCACAUCGGCCAGCCGCUGCCGGACUCGCUCUUUGUUCUGAAGGAUACACCACAAGUACAAGGUCUGCACACGUUCAUUCGAAACAAAGACACGCCUCGAGAUGAGUUUAUAUUUUAUUCCAAACGCCUCAUGCGUCUCGUCAUAGAGUUCGCGCUUUCGCUACUGCCCUACAGUACACAUGAAGUUGAUACACCACAGGGAUUCACUUAUACUGGUCGCAAGUGCGAUGUAGAGAAGAUAUGCGGCGUGUCGAUCCUGCGCGCCGGCGAGACCAUGGAGCAGGCCGUGUGCGACGUGUGCAAGGACAUCCGUAUCGGCAAGAUACUCAUACAGACCAACCAGCAGACCGACGAGCCGGAGCUGUACUACCUGCGGCUGCCGAAGGACAUCAAGGACUACCGCGUGAUCCUGAUGGACGCGACGGUGGCGACGGGCGCCGCCGCCAUCAUGGCCAUCCGCGUGCUGCUCGACCACGACGUGCCCGAGCGCCACAUCGCGCUCGUGUCGCUGCUCAUGGCCGAGAUCGGCGUGCACUCCAUCGCCUACGCCUUCCCCAAGGUAAAAAUCAUAACAACGGCUCUCGACCCUGAAAUCAACGAGAAGUUCUACGUACUGCCCGGCAUCGGCAAUUUUGGCGAUCGCUACUUCGGUACAGAACCGGCGGAUGAUGAG